ACACUCGUUUAAUUCAAAGAACGGUAUUAUAAUUCACUGCAGUCGCACCAAAAAAUAAAAAACACUGCAACCAUCUUCGAAACACAUUAACUAACACUUCAAACCCUUGAACACGGUAACUCGAAGUCAUCUACUACGGUACUAUCGGAAUUGGCAUUUGAGUGCAUAAUUGAAGCUACAGCUCUUUGUUAGAGAUGGAAAGUCAAGAAAAUGAUGUGAAAAGUUCUCAGGUGGUGGAUGCUCGGGCAAGAAACAUCAGUCAUAAUGUACGGUGCACGGAAUGUGGUAGUCAGUCCAUUGAGGACUCUCAAGCUGACAUAGCUGUUUUACUUAGGAAGUUAAUUCGUGAAGAAAUUAAGUCUGGGAAAAGUGACAAGGAGAUCUACAAAAAGCUGGAGGACGAGUAUGGGGAAACAGUACUUUAUGCUCCAAAGUUUGAUAUGCAGACUGCUGCCUUAUGGCUAUCACCACUUUUAGUUGCUGGUGCAGCUGGAGGAAUUUGGGCUUACAACAAGCACAGGCAAAGGACCAAUGUGCACAUAAUGGCCUUAAACCUUAUUAGAGGAGUUCCAUUGACCCCCAAAGAGAAGCAGACCAUGUUAGAGAUUCUCGCACCUUCUGACCUUCAAGGAGCUACAGCUACUUCUUCCUCCCCUUGGUGGAGAAGGUGGCUUCACCGAUGAUGUGAAGUGCAUUUAAUUAUUAAAACAGAUGGCAGAACCUUAAAUAAGUAAAUAUCCGGGGAUCAGAAAAUAAUGCAUUGAGUGUCUGUUGAAGAGUAUUUGUACUUGCAGAACUAGAAUAUCACUGUAUUGUGUAUUAUUAUGUUCGCUGCUUAUACAAUAAGAGGUAUUCUUGGCCAACUUAAAUCCUCUGUGAAUAUCUUGGUUAGCAAUUUAUUUAUAUUAGAGUUUCCUCCUUCACCGUGAUGUAAAAAUUUGUUUCGUAUCCUUUUGAUUUUCUGCAAGUUAAAGUUAUGGUACUCCUGGGCUGACUAUGUA